UCGUGAGUCCGCGUUCUUCGCAGAGGAACGAAGUUUUUCUCGAAUUGAGAAACCGUCGGAAGCAUCGGAUCGGGCAUCCGGAUAGUUUUAUCCGCUUAUAAAUACGUCCUCGAUCGUUGUUUUCAACCUUCCUCAGGAAUCGUAGGUGGAGAGAGAGAGAGAGAGAGAGCCGUUUGGUACGCAUGAGAUGGCUCUCUCUCCCAUAAAUACCGAAACAACCUUCCCUCAUUCUUUUCCCCAAACAACUCCAAACGUCACACAAGAAAAUGGAUUUCGCCAUUUCUUUUUCUUCUUCUGCUAGCUGUUCCCUUUCAAGUUCCAAGGCAUCUUCCUAUCAGUUACAGGUAUGGAUGAAAGGGUAAACGAUAGUGAAUCCUUGAAGCAGCGUAUCGAGCAGCUAGAACAUGAGCGUGACGAACUUCGGAAAGACAUUGAGCAAUUGUGCCUUCAGCAAUCUGGCCCUAGCUAUCUUGCUGUGGCUACUCGAAUGCACUUUCAAAGGACAGCUGGUUUGGAGCAGGAGAUCGAGAACUUAAAAAAGAAAUUAUCUGGAUGCAUGAGAGAUAAUCGGAAUCUUCAAGAGGAGCUUUCAGAGGUCUAUCAUAUCAAAAGCCAGCUAGCAGAUUUACAUAGUACGGAGGUCUCAAAGAACAUGGAAGCAGAGAAGCAGCUGAAAUUCUUUCAGGGUUGUGUAGCUGCAGCAUUUGCUGAAAGGGAUAAUGCAUUAAUGGAGGCGGAGAAGGCAAAGGAACGAGAGGAGGCCAUGCCACAAAAAUUAAAUGUUUUUGAAAAGAGCAGAGUUGAGGAGCUGAGGUCAGCAUGUCUUGAAGAAGAGAAACAUAGGACUGCUCUUCAGAUUGAAGUGAUGAAUUUAAAAGACCAAAAUGAAUCCCUUGAGAAGGUUAUUAAUAAGUUUUAUGAUAUCAGACAAAAUGCUCUUGGGCACUUUGAAGAUAUAAAUAUGAAAGAUAAAUGUGGAUGCCUUUUGGAGGAUCCUGCGGAAAUAUGGAGUUUUGAUUGCCACAAUGAAACUUCCACCUCUAAAUACAUUGGCUCUCUAGAAGAAGAAUUGGAGACAUUGAGAAGUUCCAUAGACAAUCUUCAGAACAGAUUGCGUAUGGGAUUGGAGAUUGAAGAACACUUGAGAAAAAAGGUCAGCACAUUGGAAGAAAAGCAUAUUCUUUCAGAUGAAAUGAUCAGUAACAGAUUAUCAGCAUUACGCCAUUUUCAUACUCAACGCAGAUGUGAAGUCAUGGAUUUAUUGGAGGAAGAGAAAACUUGGAUAAAAUCAUUGCUUGUUGAGGUACACGAGAAAAUGGGACAGCUUCGCAUGAGCAGAACAUCUGAUUUUGAGGCUUUUCAGAGAGAUGCAAAGUGUGUUGACGUUGAGUGCAGGGAUGUACAUAUAACUAGUGACGUUGAUCCUAGUGUGGUUGCCAUGAAGAACAGUAUUGCUUCACCAAGUACGGUGCCUGAUGGAAUGGUUCAUUCCUCAGAUGCCCUUGCACAGGCAAUGCAAGAGAAGGUUUCUGCCCUAUUACUACUGUCACAGCAGGAAGAAAGGCAUUUACUGGAGAGGGAUGUAAAUGCAGCUCUUCAGAAGAAGAUGGAUGAACUUCAAAGGAACUUAUCUCAAGUAACAAAUGAGAAGGUGAAGGCUCUUAUGGAGUUGGCACAAUUAAGGCAGGAAUAUCUGUUGCUGCAAGAAAGCAUCAGUCAGGGAAUGAAACAAGGAAAUUUUCUCAGCAAUGACGGGGACAAAAGCCUGGCUGCUCGUGACAGAGAUGGGAAACUCAAAAAUCUGCUGAAGAAAACAUACCUAGGACGUUGGGUCGGCAGAUUGGAUCUCCAUGGAAAUGAAUCUGGUGUUCAUGUGAAUAAUGAUGAGAGCAGUCCCAUGAACAAAAGACCAAAUUAUUCUGUGGAUUUUGCAAGGUUGAAGGUUGAAAAUGCAACCCUUCAGGAAAGCAUUGCAAGUAUGGAGCAUCUGACCUCUUCAAUUCACAAGCUUCGUCUUGCACUUCUAAAGGCAAAUGACGCUGCAGCAUCCCAAGGUCCUGUUGACAGUAUUACUGAAGCAUUAGAUAGUAUUAUUUUUGAGGCAAAACUUGUGAAGACAGCCCUUGGCAGCUCGCUUCCUGUCAGCUGGUCAGGUGAGGCUGACCUUGGAUCUCCUGAUGAGAACAUCAAUCAGCCAACCGAUGUUUUGCGGGACUCCAGCUCCGAGAAAGUUGACUGCGUUUCUGCAGCAGGAUUUGAGAUGGUGGAGCUCUUGAUAAUGGCUGCUCAACUUCUAAAAGAGAUGAUAAUCCAAAAGAGCUCAGAAGGUGGGGUGAGCUGAUCAGCUUCUGAUUCUUUUUGGUCCGACUUUGAGGGGGCAAUCCAUCCUACCUGGAUUUGUAUCAGGCAAGGCAAGAAAUUCUCUCUGCCUCGAAAAAAGGAAGAUGUUGCGGAGCAGGUACUGGAUCCAUCUAUGACCUUCGAUGGUUAAACUAAGAUGUAUCCUUGUUCGUGCUAGUGCUGAGUGGAAUGUAAUGAAUGUGGGCCAUAGGUUGUUGGGUCAGUAUGAUAUCAGAGAAGGUAUGGUGUUGAUUAGAAAGGAUGGGCAUUCCUAUGCUUCUAUGCAUGCAUGUAUUCUCUGUUGUAAAUGGAAUCCAAAUAAUGUAAUUAACCUUUUGUUAUCAAGAUAUAUGUUAUAUCAAAUUAUAAGAAUGCUGACAGUUGCACUCUUUGCAGCUGUUUAUGUGU